GUUUUACUCUAAGAAGCUUUCUGCACGGUGCAAAAGAACUGAGGCUUUUUCUCAUGGCUGAAAACAACCACCCUGACAAACCACUUAAGAUACUGGAAAAGCUGGGCAAAGAAAUCCUAACGGAGUACCUAGAAAAAUCGGUUCAAAGCAAUGUAGUGAAAUUAACAGAGGAAGAGAAAGAAGAAUUUAACAAUGCUGAACACAGUGACAAGCGCAGGGUCAUUGUAGAUGCCAUGAAAAGGAAACACAGAAAAGUGGGUGAAAUGCUUCUUCAGACAUUCCUUAAUGUGGACCCAGGCAGCUGCCAUAGUGAAGCUAAUCCAGAAAUGGAGGAACCAGAAGAAUCAGUGGACACGCUCAAGCUUUGUUCCCCUGAGGAGUUCGCAAGGCUUUGCAGAGAAAAGAGACAAGAAAUUUACCCAAUAAAGAAAGCCAAUGGCCGUACUCGAAAAGCUCUUAUCAUAUGCAACAUAGAGUUUGAACAUCUAUCACUGAGGUAUGGGGCUCAGUUUGACGUCAUUGGCAUGGAAGCCCUUCUUAAAGACUUGGGCUAUAAUGUGGUGGUGAAAAAGAAUCUUACAGCUGAGGGCAUGGAGUCAGAGAUGAAAGACUUUGCUGCACUCUCAGAGCACCAGACAUCGGACAGCACAUUCCUAGUGCUAAUGUCUCAUGGCACACUGCAUGGCAUUUUUGGAAAAAUGCACAGUGAAAAAACUCCAGAUGUGCUACAAUAUGAUACUAUCUAUCAGAUAUUCAACAAUUGCCACUGCCCAGGUCUACGAGACAAACCCAAAGUCAUCAUAGUGCAGGCCUGCAGAGGUGAGGACCCUGGGGAAGUGUGGAUCAGAGAGCCUUCAAAAGCCCAGUCAUGCAGAGCUGUGGAUCUACCUAGGAAUAUGGAAGCUGAUGCUGUCCGGCUGAGCCACGUGGAGAAGGACUUCAUUGCCUUCUACUCUACAACCCCACAUCACUUGUCCUACCGAAACGAAACAAGAGGCUCUUGCUUCAUCACCAAACUCAUUUCCUGCUUCCGAACACAUGCCUGCUCUUGUCAUCUCUUUGAUAUAUUUCUGAAGGUGCAACAAUCAUUUGAAAAGCCAAGUAUGCGUUCCCAGAUGCCCACCAUUGACCGGGCAACCUUGACAAGAUAUUUCUACCUCUUUCCUGGCAACUGAAAACAAAGCAACAAGUGACUGAAGCUCAUUUCUUCAGCUUGGAAAAGUGAUCUUGGCCAAGGAUCAUGUUUUAUACCUGCAAUUCCAGAACUAAAAAAACUAAGUAAAGAAUAAUUAUGAAUUCAAGACCAGCCUGAGUAAUACAGUGAGAUUCUGUCACAUCAACAAGCAAACAA